AUGUGCCAGAGAACCAAGCCCUACACGGACUACGCCAAGUUCGCCGCACUGGGACUGAACGAGGCUCGGUUUGCGGCCGCGCACUUCGUGACCACCAGACAGACCCUAGGCCGGGAGCCCAAGUCUUUCCUCUGCCGCCUCUGCUGCCAGGAGGACCCGGAGCUGGACUCGGACAAGGACGAGACGGGGGCCUAUCUGAUUGACAGGGACCCUACCUACUUUGGUCCUAUCCUAAACUACCUCCGCCAUGGGAAACUCAUCAUUACUAAGGAGUUGGCAGAAGAAGGUGUGCUGGAAGAAGCGGAGUUUUACAACAUUGCAUCUCUCGUGCGGCUGGUUAAGGAAAGGAUACGGGACAAUGAGAACAGAACUUCACAAGGCCCGGUGAAGCACGUGUACAGAGUCCUGCAGUGUCAGGAGGAGGAGCUCACCCAAAUGGUCUCCACCAUGUCUGAUGGUUGGAAAUUUGAGCAGCUCAUCAGCAUCGGCUCUUCCUAUAACUAUGGAAAUGAGGACCAGGCAGAAUUCCUCUGCGUCGUCUCCAGAGAGCUAAAUAAUUCUACCAACGGCAUCGUCAUCGAGCCGAGCGAGAAGGCAAAGAUUCUUCAGGAGAGAGGAUCUCGGAUGUAGAUCAAGAAUCUGGAACUCCAGAGCCUGAAGGUCGAGAGUGCGACCCUGCCGAGCGCCUCUGUGAAGUGCAGCCACGCUCCUGUACAGUGACCAAGCGCUGCAAAGCCCCGCUGAGCCUGGCCCCCACUGGAGAGGUGUUCUGGGCAGAGCCAAGGAUCCCCCACCCCAGGACUCCAAGGACAGAGGCAGCCACUGGCUGCAGACACCUUUCCAGAAACCCGCUUUGUUUUCACAGCCGAUCUUUACUAGAGCAGCUGGGCUGGGUUUCCCGUUGGAGCCUUUUAGGGAUCUGGGGAAGGAGAGAGGAAGGCCUCGCUCCUUGGAACAACCUGGACUUCAGGGAAGCUGGAGCCGAGGAAGGAGGAGCGUCCUGAGCUGUGCCAUGUCGGGCGUGAGCAGCUGCUUCGGAACACUGUCCCCUCCUGCACACCCUCAAGUUCACGCAACAGAUGCAAAGGGUCCUAGCUUCAGCUUGUGGCACUGAGGCUUGGGAAAGGAGUAGAGUUGCCGGAAUACCCACAUUCCUGGGAGCAGAGCUCUCUGAGGAAAGGAGGAUGGGGUGUCCUUCGUGAUUGGAGUUUGGCGAGCGCGGCUCCUGACUCGGGGCACGUAGCUCACCUCACACAGCUUGGCCUCGCUGGUGUCCAGUGGCUGGGACCCUCCACACAGCUUGCUUUCUCCCUAGGAGGAGAUGUGACGUGGGGGGCAUCCUGCCCCACGUGAUCGGUCAGAUGGACAGAUGGGAGCUUUAGAUGUUCUAACUGCUUCUGCAGCCUUUUCUUACCACCCGCUGGUCCCGUCUUCCUUCCCUGGCUUUGUAAGCGGGACCAAAGAUAAAGGGACAUUGUGGACCCUCUGGUGGCUUGGGGUGGAGAAAGCUGUUUGAAAGUUGCCAAAUGUAUAAUGUUGUAUCUAAAGAGUUAUUAUUGUCUCUUGACACGCCUUGA